AUGAGAUAUCGAGUUGGGGCAUGUGGGAUGCAGAUUGUCGUGUCUAUGAGGGCGGAUUGUGUUGGACUGUUGUUGCUGCUGCUGCUAGAGUAUAGCAACUGCUACCGUCACUACCAGGAACAGAUACCGAACGGGGAUCAGGUUCCUCAUCCCUGUAAACCCAACUUCAUAUGGCGAGGAGUCGGGCAUCUCAGUGCGCUGGGGGGCGGCGACAAUAACCAGUUCGGCCUCGACUUUGCUAACAGCGGUCAUAAGUGGACAAAGACAUUGUGUGAGCUGGACUCUGACGGCGAUGGGAAGUCUAACGGUAUGGAGCUUGGUGAUCCCAGUUGUGAAUGGACACCGUCCAGUGGUGUCUUCCCAGAGAGGACGACCCAGAUAACUCACCCAGGCGUAUGUGAUCCCCUUGACAGUCCGAAAUGCGAGUCGAAGAUCCUCAACUGCGACACAGAGGAGUUCAUAUGCCCCGCCAUUAACGAACAACACGUACGCAACAUUACACUGAGGUUCCCACGAACGUUAGUGCCUGCGGUUGAAACCUCCUAUAUGUGCAUGACCUUUGACCUGGAGUUUCCGGAGGAGUUCCCUGCAGACCAGGAAUACCACCUGAUAGCAACACAGCCUGUGAUUGACAACCCUAACGUGAUGCAUCACAUCACAGUCACAGGAUGCGUGGACACAGCCAGCAAGAUACCAGAACCAAAGAACUGCUUCAUGGCGCAAGGCGGCUGCAACAUCAAUAUGGGUCUGUGGACGCUGGGGAUGACUGGGGAGUGUAUCUACCACGAAGCUGGGUUCAAGAUAGGCGGGAAAGGGACUCACACAGUCAUGAUGCAGUUCCACUGGACCAACCCUGAGCUGGUGACCGACUACUGGGACAGUUCCGGCAUGAUCCUGUACUACACCCCAAAACUCCGCAAAUACAACGCUGGCUUCUUCUACACUGGCCAGACAAACCUGGAGAUUCCUGCUGGACAGUCACGCGUCACUCUAAGGUCAACCUGCACCUCUGAAUGCACACAGAUGAACGUUGACAACAAUGUCUACAUCACCACUGGCCUCAACCAUAUGCACUACCUAGGUUACCAGCAGAAUGUGGAAUUGUUCCGGGAUGGUCAAAAGGUUCGGGAUUUGACCAAGGACGACGUCUACAGCUACGAUAACCCCAUCAUCCACGAGUUCGACCCUCCCGUCGAGCUCCUCCCCGGUGACAGACUGGAGACGACGUGCACCUACAGGUCUCUUUCAAGAACCAGAACCACCUUCUUUGGGGAAGGCACAUACGAUGAAAUGUGCUACGGCAUCUUCACCGUGUUUCCUAUUGAGAACAUGACAAGCCCUGCCUGUGUCACCUGGGGCUCCAUUGACCAAUGCAGUCUGGAGAUAGGUUCUUUGAAAAAAUGCAACCUCAUGAAAUUUCUGAAUGUGUCCGAUCCUGAAACAAAUUCUAUGAGGCGAAUGGUCCUAGACAACUGCAACUUCUAUGGAGCAUGUCGUCCAGAAUGUCCUCAAGCUUUAGCAAAGGUCAAGGAAGAUCCUUGCCUGCAAGGGCGAAUUGGGGGACUACAUUCAGUGGUCACUCUCCUGGUCUCAGUCGGCAGAGGACAUCAAGUUUGUGUCAGCACUCUCGUCAUGCAGCUGUGCAACAAACCGACCGCUCGGCGUCAGCGACGACAAACUCAACAACGCCGGGGACUCAUUUGGAUUCUCCUCUUCAGUGAUUGUUGCAACUCUGGUGGCCUACAGUAUAGACGCAAUGUAAUGCACUGGUCGAUCCUUCUUGAGAUUAUACACAGCAAGAAGAGAUUUAUUUUUUUAAUUGUGUUUUCAGGAAACAUUCCAUAUCCUGUUUCUCAUCAUGAUUUUUGGAUACAUAAAUAAACUUUUGCAGUGUAUUAAGUUCAGUAAUGUCUAAGAGGACAACCCAUAUAUUGAAUAUAUAUGAACGUAUCUACAUAAUGAUAAUAAGGACCAAUGUAACACUGAGCGAGUCUAUUCACUUGCGUAAAAUACGAAGCUGUCUAUCAUUAAUUGUCUGUUAUUAAAUACUAUUUGCCUUCACGA